UUGUGUGUUUACUGCUUGGCAUUGUUACCAAAGGCUCAGAACACACUUAAUAAAAGAUAAGUUUUUUGUAUCAUAACAUUUCUCAUAGUCUUGCUUGAGAGUUGGGUCUGAUACAUGGGAUAAUUUAGGUACCAAAAAAGUUCAAAUAAAUUCAUUAUGAAACUUUAGGGCAGAACAUGAUGACCAUGGAUAAGUAGAAAGAAAUGGAAGUUUGUGGUUGUGUAUUUUUAUGCAAAAGUAAGCCCCACUAACUUUAAUGGGCUUUGCUCCAAGGGAGUAUGUACAAUAUUCCAGCCUAGGGAAGUAUAACUCAAAAUUGCAGUCCUGAAUUAAGUUAUCAGCCUACAAGAUCCAUGUUUAAACUUGUCUUCUCUCAAGUCAUUUUCUUCCCUGAAUAAGGUUAGCUAUCUUGAUUGUUUUAUUAUAACUCUCCCAACAUACCUAAAAGCAAAAUCAUCAGUACAAACUGAAUGACCAUACAUAGGAAGGUUACAGUGUUAAUAGAGGAAGAAACAUAUCAUGUGUAGCAGUGAGCUUUAGCACUUUACCUCAGAACGGAUCAUUUCCCGAGCUGUCAUGAGUAGAUGGAAGAAUUACGCCCAGUUAAUUGUGUGUUGCAUAUUCAAUGAAUGGAACCCAAAUAGUAUAAACAUUAUGCAUUUGUGCUGUGCUUUGGGCCUGAAUAUACGUUGUAGACUUUUUCAUUAGAGCAAUGUUCCAAAAUUUCAAUAUCUAACUGCAUAAGGAUUGUUCUUGUUUAGCCUUCAGUUUUGUCACCCAUGAGCAGCUUCAUAAAAGCUAAUAACCUGAAACCUGUUUCUUCCUUUAUGAAACCAUGAGCUAAUCAAAGACUGAGGUAAACUCUGUUCUCUGCUUUGUGAUUUCCUCUACCCUCUUAAAGAAAAAUCAAGAAAGACUGAGCUCUUACAGCCCUGCCACAUAAGGAAGAACCUAGUGCCAUCAACACAUAGCAGAAAUUAGUAUCUUUUGAGACAGUGAUGGCUUUUCUUCUCAAACGUGAAUAUGGAGGCCACAGGGACAGAUGAAGUAGAGAAAAUAAAAUCCAAGUUUAUGUCUGCAUGGCACAAUAUGAAAUACAGCUGGGUACUGAAAACAAAAACUUACUUUAACAGAAAUUCUCCUGUCUUUUUGCUGGGAAAAUGUUACCAUUUCAAAACUGAUGAGCCAAGUGAUCUGUCACCUAAUAGAUCAGAUUAUGAUAUAACAGAGGAAGGGAUUUCAAGAAAUGUUGAAGAAUUCCGUAAAGAUUUUAUUUCAAGGAUAUGGCUGACGUACAGAGAAGAAUUUCCCCCAAUCAAGGGCUCAGCAUUAACAACAGACUGUGGCUGGGGUUGUACCCUGAGGACUGGACAGAUGCUUCUAGCACAAGGGCUUCUUCUUCACUUUCUUGGUAGAGACUGGAGCUGGUCAGAUGCAUUGGUCAUUGAAAAUCCAGACUCUGAAUCAUGGACAAGUCACACAAUCAAAAAACUUACUGCAUCAGUUGAAGCAUCAUAUACAGGAGAAAAAAAAACCAAGAACCAAUCAAGUCAUCCUAACCACAUUCCAAAGUGGGAUUGGAAAGAUGGAAAAAGCAGGGAUGAACACUAUCAUCGGAAAAUUAUAUCUUGGUUUGGAGAUUUUCCACUUGCGAAUUUUGGCUUGCAUCGCCUGAUAGAAUAUGGGAACAAGUCUGGAAAAAUAGCAGGAGACUGGUAUGGACCAGCUGUUGUAGCACACCUUUUGAGAAAAGCUGUUGAAGAGGCCAGAGACCCUGAGUUACAAGGAAUAGCUGUAUAUGUGGCUCAAGACUGUACAGUUUAUAAGUCUGAUGUUGUUGAUACAUUGUGCUCUUUCAUGGAUUCUGCAAAAUCAGAUGGCAAAUCAGUGAUUAUAUUAAUUCCUGUGAGACUAGGUGGAGAAAGAACCAACAUGGAAUAUCUAGAAUUUGUGAAGGGAAUUUUGAGUCUUGAAUACUGCAUUGGUAUUAUUGGAGGAAAGCCGAAGCAGUCAUAUUAUUUUGCUGGAUUUCAAGAUGACAGCUUGAUUUACAUGGAUCCUCAUUAUUGCCAGUCCUUUGUAGAUGUCAGCGUAAAGGAUUUCCCCCUCGAGUCAUUCCACUGUUCUUCUCCAAAGAAGAUGUCUUUUAAAAAAAUGGAUCCAAGCUGCACAAUAGGGUUAUAUUGUGCAAAUGUUCAAGGAUUUGAAAGGGCUUCUGAAGAAAUAACUAAGAUUCUGAAAUCUUCAUCUAAGGAGAAAUAUCCCUUGUUUACGUUUGUAAAUGGACAUUCUAGAGACUAUGAAUUUGAGAUGAAUCCAGGCCAGGAAGAGAAAGUCCCGUUCUCUGAGGAUGAAAACCAAAAGCUGAAAUGUUUUAGUACUGAGGACUUUGUAUUGUUGUGAAGACAUUUUUAUUUAUUCAUUUAAAAUAUGCCCAACCUUUCCACCUAUCAGAAUUUAUAACAAGGCUUAAGAGUAGUAUAAAACAAUAGGUACAAUGUAAUUAAAUACCAUAAGAAAAAGCAUGAAUUCCCUGAGCAGGUAACAAUAAACCAAUAGAAUUAUCUAGAACUGUAAGUUCUUCCAAAUGAAUUUCAAUGUAUUGCAAAUCAUAUGAAGGGAAGAAAGAGUUCUUCAGUAUAUACAAAGUACCAAGAAGGCCCUGUUUUGCAUGGUUACCCACAAUAUUUCAGAUGGCAAGAGACAGAGCAAUGCCGCAGCAGUGUUUCAACUAUUUCCAAUAUGGUGGCUGCCAGCAUAUCUCAGACUUCUGCAUUCUAGGACAUGAAUUCCAUCUAGCACAGACUUGGAUUGGAUGAAUAUAAAGGUGAAAGAAGUAUCUCUCUUACCCUUUCCCAACAUAUAUAUCAAGGAGCAGCAUAUGAACUAUUUUUGUGUUUUUCCAGGUAUUUUUAUGUAAAUUUCUGUUAUUUCACUUAUCAAGCUAGAGAUUCUUCCAAAAACUCACAAUAGGGAUUAAAACAAAAGUCAAUAAAUAUAUUUUAUGGCAUAAUUAGUAAAGGCAGAGUUAAAAUCAAGAGAUGUGGAAGUUCUGGGACAAUAGAUAUUCACCUGGUGCUGAAAAGAGAAACCAUUUGUCUGCCAUAAAGCAGAUGCUGGUGAUGCACAACAUAAUGUAGUCCUAGCCCUUGCUCACCAGCUAGUGUUUCCUGACACCUGUGUGGCCAACUGGUUUGGGGGGCAUGUCACUUAUUUUCCAGCCUUGGGCAGAUAGUGAUUUUGAUAUAAUACAUUUCAGCAGCACAACUUAUACAACUCACUUGUAGCAGUUGUACAAGUUGUUGAACAGUUGGGUUCUUGAGUAGGCCUACAUUGAGCUUAGGACACUGGAAGCAGCUUUAAUGACAACAGCAAUAACUAUAAAAGAUUUGUUGAGGUGGUGGCGGUGGCUUACCCUCACCGUUAGGAAACUACAGCCUGCCAAAUGGUUUUGUGCUCCUACUUCCCCAGUCAACAUGGCCACUGGUGAGAUCAAUGGGAAUUAUAGUUCACCAACAUCUGGAGGGCCUUGGAGUCCCAGGGCUAUAGAGGAUAGAGGAUUAGGCAUGUCCAUCAAGCUAAUCACCAUAGUGUAGUCCAUCUCUUGCAUAGGUUUGAGUACUGGCAGAAUGUUCAAACUCUGCAAUGUGAGCUUGUGCCUAAAUCAUCUUGUAAAUGUAUAAUGGUAAACAUUUUAUUUUAUAGUGGAUGCACAUAAUAGAUGUGCUUGUACAAGAAGAUAUCAUUGUCAUUCUGAUAUGGUAGAAUUAUGAUGUGCCAAGCUUGACCUCUAGAAUGUUUUAUACUAUAUUUUGCUGUUUUUAACCAUGUCAGAUUCAAAUCAGUUCUUGAUGAUGGAGAACUGUUACUUUUUUUUUAGUUAACUGUUUUAUUUAAUUUGCUUUUCACUCAGUUUUUUUUCACAUUUUUAUAGAUACCUGCUUCAGAGUACCUGUGAUGCAACAGGUGUCUGAAUAUUGUGGUGAAAUUUGGUUUGGCAGGUCAUCUUUCAAUCCAGUUAAAGGCAGACGUGUGAAGUAGCUCGUAUGACAGGUUUUUAAUAUGGACUAAAAUAUAUUAAGAACAAGUACCUAGGUUGUUGUCUUGAGUAAAACCUUACUUACCUUCAGUAAAAACUUAACUGAUCAAGAACCAGUGAAUAAAAAUAUUAGUGUUACUCUACCUGCACCUCAACAAUGUUUAAUAAUAUAAUCAUAAAAUGCCAGUAUUGCACUGCAUGUUGCUGAAGAGUAUAUCCACUCUUUAACAGUUGGCAAUUUUGUAAGCUGAGCAGUGAGUUAAGGUCCUGCUUAACAAUAAGAUCUUGUAAUGGCCACUCAUUAAGAUCAUGGUUGAACCGUAAUAGGAAGAGGUAAUGCAGUAUUGGCUUCCCCAAUGAUUUGGAAGGGUAUGUCACUAAUAUUAAACUACUACCAAUCGCAGUAGACAAAAGCAAUUAUUAGAUAGGAGCUGUGUUUGUUUCUUUUCCCCAAAUAUAAUUUGGAUUCCUAUAAUCUUAACAGGGCAGCUUCUAAAUCAUUCUAACUGCAGGAUGAGGAGUCAACAGUAAAUGGAGGCUGUGCAUUUUGAAGUACCAAUCACUUUAGAAAGAAAAGAAAAUGGAUGCUUUAUAAAACGUGAAAAUGUGAAAUGCCCUUGGAUUUAUUUAUUUAUUUUUCUUGCAGAAGUGAUUUUGUUCCACUGUCACAAGUUAAGAUGUGUUAAAUGCUCUGGUUAGUUGUUGUGAACCAGUAUUAACAUUCUGAUAUAGCUGAAUGGGAUUGCAAUUAACAGGUGGGAUUAGGGUUUAUGCAGUGACAUAAUUAAGGACAUUUUAUAAAUUGUGCAGUGCAAUCCUAUUUUUUUUAACACAGAAGCAAGUUUAAUAAGUGUGGUUAGGAUUGCAAUCUUGUUCUCUUCAUGCAUUCUUGUUUUUAAAAUGAACAUGGCCUUAAACACUUCUGCAUCUAUCAAUCAGUCUGAAUUAUUCUACUCUAAUAAAUUGAUUAUUUAAUAAGCAUAGCUUUAAAAGUAAAAAUGUUGUUGUUAAAACCAGGAAAUAAACACUAUCAAAUGUGUUUGCUAUUUAAACAUCACUAUUUCCUGUAUCUACAGUGAAGUGCAGAGUAUCUAUAAACACAGAGAAAGCUUUAACCACAGAUCCCUUGAAUGAAUUUUCAUGUUUUCCACUUUAUGCUUCAUUCUUUAGAAUUUACUGUGACAGAGACAUAGGUGCAAUAAUCACAGAAAACCUGUGACAUAAUAUACUAACUGUAUGUCUGCAUGCAGAACUGUUUUUUCACUAAUUGGUGCAAAAUACCAUUUGUGCCCUCCUAAACAGCUAAAGUAUUGCAUUUCUCUUCUAUUGUACUUUUAGCUUCUAUUUAAGUUCAGUCUUUAUUUUCUGUUCAUCUUUUGCCAUUUGACUGGUUCCCAGCAGGAAAAGAGCUCACCUAGUGAGCAAUUAUGCAGAAGGAAAACUCUCUAGGGCAAAUCAAUAAGAGUUUUAAGAUAGUUCACAAAAUUGAGACCGUAUUUAGCCUGCUAGGAGAAAACUUUUUCCCCCUAAUAUAAUUCUUCUAGACCCAUCAAAAUAUGUUUUUGGGCUUUCUCUGUCAACUGGGAGCCAAUAGUUGAACUGCUACAGCCAUACCAAAAAAAUAAAAUUCCAUCUAAUAAUUUUGUACAAAAAGAAGUCCUUGAUUUUUUUCCCCAGAUCCUCAGAGGAUUUGAUGAAUAUUCUUCCCAUUUUCCUUAAACCAACUCUUUGUUGGACAAAAUAAUUGCCGUAUUUCUAUAGGCUCACACAAGCUAGAACUUCCUCAUGAAUUGAGAUACUGUAAUGGGAUACAUUGCAAAACUGUAGCAUCCAAGUCCAAUUUUCUGUAUCUCCCAAAAGUCUGAUAAUUUUACACAGAAAAGUGACAUUUUUGAAACUCAGUUUUGCCAGCAAAAUAUUGUCUAGAAAGACAAACAUUACAGAGUAAUCUGCAUCCCAUCCUACCUCUGACACAUUUGUAGAUUGUCCUUAUCUUUAGGCCUGUGUUACAGUGGUGACAAGUUAAAUUACUAAGUUACUAUAAAUUAAUGUUUUUCAGUAACUACAAAGGACUUUAAUUUGAAACCACGUUAAUUACAUGGUGAUUCUUGUUACCUCUCCUGCAUUAUCUCCCUGAAAUCUCUGCAAUUAAUUUGUGUCAUUACUGUUGUUGCUGCUGCUGUUUCUGAACACAAACCGCCUUAGCAUUUGCUAUCACACACCCAGCAGUUGCCUAUUUUCUUAAAGGCAUCUUUACAAAUCACCUGGUUUUAGUUAUUCACCACAACACAUCAAAUGAAGAUGCAAGUGAGAUUAAAAUGGCCAGAACUUUAUUGAGAAGUAUGGACAUUUGAGUUUAACUGUGAGCUCAGUGCACAAGGCACACACUCAUUUAUCUUCAUAACAGGCCUGCCCAGUCUGGGCCUGGACUUUACUGUGUGUGUGUGUGGUCAGUUCCUUCAGCUUUUCAUAUAGGUCACAGCCUUUGGCUAAACAUUGAUCUCAGUUUUGUAGACAAUUUGGUCAUGUUUAUACAAAACCAUAAUAGUACUUACUUGCAUAAGGAAGAUUCUGCCUGCAUCUGUAUUUGUGUUUGCUGUCUCCAGAUUUUUCACAAAAGCGCUCAUAUUAAGCCUGAAAAAAAAUUAAAUCCCUGCUAUAUCCUGUGAAACCUUGUCAGUCAAUUCCAUCAUUCAGAUCUUACAUCAAACCAUGACCUCUACUACGUAGUCACUCCCUUCCCCCUAUAUUUUCCUAUGCAAUUGAAGGAACAUCUGGUGCCAGCCAGAUGCCGUAAAUGCUGAACCAAUGUAUCUGUAAUUCUAACUCACUCCUGAGCUCAAAAUACUAGCUAGACCUUCAUAUUUUGGCCAUACAGUCAGAAUUAUCACAAGCACAUGUGAAGCCAAAAAUUGUAAAUCACUGGUAUACCCACUACUUCCCUAUUCAUGUAAUCUCACUUUUAGCCUCCUCUGACAUCUUCUCUGGCAGAUCUACAAUGACUUCUCUCAACAGUCCAGUAGCUGUAAGUACUACCGAAAUAGUAAGCUGUAAGACCCUAUUGAAAUAAAAAUGUGAUGUGCUAAAGGCAUUCUCAUUGCUGCAAAGGAUCAGAAGCCUCAGCACUUGCCCUAUAGAUAGGACCCAAGUGCUGCCAAUAAGUAAAUAAAUGGUCUUGUGUCAUGUAGUUCUAGUCAAUUUCCAUAAACUGCAAAUGAGUCUGCAAAUCCAGGAUUUCAAUGGUGAAUUUGAGGUCCAAAAGGAACUACAACAAACGUGUGAGGCUAACUGUGCAGCAGAACAAAACUAUGGAUACCAACAUUUAUGAGCCCAUCUUGGUAAGUCAGGAGGUUUUUUAACUCUCCCUUUUGAAUGUUAAAUCUUGGCCUAAAACCUUCCAUGAUUCUGUAACUAGUGGAUCCUCCUUGUAUAUAGGCAAUUAGUUUAGUAGACCCCAAGCCCAGGCUGAUCAUGCCUAAAGUGGCAGGUGCAUUUGAAUAUAUUGCCUCUCUUGGAAAAUUUUGGCCUGAUUCAAGUGUUCCAUUUGCUACUAUACCUGCUCCCAAUGUGUUGGCAAGCUAAACAUGAUUUGUGAGAGUGGACGAAAAGCAAAAGAAAGGAAGAAUUCCUUUACAGAGAGGCAGAAUGUUCUAGUUUCUGGAGCUUAAACAGCCAAAUGUUAUUUGCUCAUGCAAAUACAAAUUCUUACAUUAAUAGGAGCACAGUCUUGAUUUCUCCAUCCAGCUGGGGAAAACUUGUCCGAUGGUAAACAAAGAACAGUAGCGUUCCUUUUAUCUUCCUGUUUUGCUAAAAGCAAAAGAUGGUAUGCAGCCAUUGUAGAGUCAUUUUAAUUGUAACUUUGUAACACUUGCCAUCAGUAAGAUCACUUUUGUUCUGUUUUUAGGAAUUGGGGUACAUAGAGCAUCAGGAAUGCACAACUUGACCCCUUGUUCUCAGGAUUUCUGUUAGCCCUACAUGAAAGAGUGCUUGUGUUGAGAUGUUCUGCUCUGAGGCUGUUCUCUGUCUACCAUGUAUUUACAGAGAUGUAUGAAUAUUUGAUUAAUGAGUCAUGGUCUCUGAAGAAAUUUAAUAACUGUACUGGUGUACAAAGCCAAUUCCUUUGCUGUUAACACAGCUGCCAAUGGUUUCUGUGACACCGAAGCCCUUUCUAGAUGUGAUUGUGUUCUGGGAAGUACAUUCCUUCUUUACAAGGCAAGAAAUUAUUCACUCCCCAAUUUUUGAACCUUUGCAAGCUCACUUUACUGGCUCUUAUUUGUAAAGAUUUUUCCUAAGGAAACAAUCUGUGACAUGUAAGCUAUAAAAAGCUUUGUUUUUGUUCUUUUCAUAAAAGUUGACAGGAAGUCCAGGUUACAAGGAUUCCUUCCUAUCAAUGUCUCCUUUUAUAAAUGAAUAAUCAAUGGCCACCUUUUCUUCUUGCAGCACCCCUUUUCUUGUUCCAAAUGUCCUUAUCUAUAUAUGGCCUUUCAGUUAAAGCAGACUUCUUGAUGUCCUUUGGUUGUGUUGGAUUGCAGCUCCCAUAAUCUACCGUCAUGUUGGCUGGGUAUGAUAGGAAUUGUAGUCAAACUCAUUUGGAGGGCAUCAAGUAGAGGAAAAUUGCAUUAAAUAUAUUCUCUUUUUAAAAAUAAGCAACCAUUGUUCUAUGAUAUGUUAGCAUUUUUAAACAGUUCCAAUGGAGCCUCAUCAUUUGUAAUCGUGAAAUAGAAGAGUCUAUGUUAGAUGGACUCUUCUAUUUUAAUUUUAAUUAUUUUAAAUUUUAAUUUCUAAUGUUCAUGUGUGUUCAGAAGAAUGGACACACUUUCUCCUCACUUUCAGCUCAACCCUGUGUGAGUUUAAUGAAAGGUACAGCCUAAUGAAGUGCAGCCUUAGAAUUUUUAGAUAUGUGGGGAAUGAAGAUUCCUAAGCAUGACUUCUCUGUUCCCAGUAGAUGUUUGUACCACUACCCAAGCCACAAUCCCUGUCAAUUUUGAAAAACUGGAGGAUUGAUCCUUCUGCCUUUUAUUUCUGGCUCCUGAUGGGUAUUUGUUUAUAUCCAGAAAUGGUGGUAAUAAAUGUCCACAUAUAUGUAUAAAAAUAAGCCAUGCCAGUCCAUAAGAAAGUCUCCAAAGAGCAACCGAGCAUGCACAAAUUGUGGUGAGGCUGUUUUGAUCACCAGGUCUUUUCACCAGAUUUUACAAAAAGUGAAGGGCAGGGGGAAAGGAAGUUCAGACACCUCUACUAAGUGUCUCACAAUUUUCAAGCUGCAUCUAAUACAUUUGCCACACUUUUUUGCACCACCUGUGCACAUGAAAUAUCAAGAGCUAAGGAAAUUUGGAAGUCCCUUUUCUUGAGAGAACAGAUGAUGGAAGCAUAGGUUUCCCUUUGUCUCUGUCACUCUCUUAAACUAUGCUGUGUGCAAGUCAUGUGGCCAUCUAGGUGUUAGACUCCAGUUCCCAUCAGUUCUCACUACUGGCUAUGGUUUCAAGUACUGAUGGGUGCUGCAGUUGAGCAAAAUCUGAUGAGCCACAUGUUCUUUCCACAUUCAUAUUCUUCCUCCGCUUAAGAAGAUGCUUUGGGCUAGUAGCUAAGUCUACAUAACAUUGCUUUCUGGGUUCCAGAUGUUGAACUUGGUCAGCUCCAGAUAGCAUGGCUAAUGGCCAGGGGUGAUGGGAGAUGUUGUUUUUAUUUCUAUACUGCCUCACAGCCAAAGCUUCUGGGUGGUUUGCGUAAUCCAGUUGUAGUCCCAACAAUAUGUGGAAGAGAGCAAUUUUCCUUUUUAUAGUGCUUGAUGCACUUUGUGCAAAGUAUUUGUACAUACUAUAGUUUGUACAUAUUGUACAUAGUUUGUACAUAAGGUGUCCAGAUCUUGUGAGAUCUGGUGGAACCUAGGCACUGACAUUCUGAGCUUGCAAGCAUGUGGGCUAGAACAUCUUCUUGAAGCAGAAAUAUGACAUACAUUAUUUGUUUGCAGCUUGCUUGUUUGUGGAUUAACAUUUUCCAGUUGUAUUUCUCUUUAUUUUUCCUUGAAUCUGGUUGCUAUUUUCACCUGGCUUACAGCACUUAUUUGAUAUUGGAUGUUUAUUAAGAUAUGUGUUUUUAUCAGAACUUUUAUUUUUAUUAAAAUAUUUGAAUUAAUGUAAGAAAUGUGGUAAUGAUAUAAUAAUAAAAAAUUACUAAUAUAA